UUUCGAUUUAGUUGAAAAUGGAGAGAGUUAAGAGGAGGAAAUUGAAGUUUCCUUGUUUAUUUGGAGGGAAUGAGGAAAAGAGAACUAUUCAAUGUUGGCCCCCUGGAGAUGCUAUCACCGAGCAAGGUUUGUUCAAGUUUGAUGUCGGAAAAAGCACUUCUAAACAGUGUAAUGUGAAACCAAUGAAGAAGUUGUUAGCUAAGGGAAUAGCAAAUGAAACCUCAGCCAAAAAACAGUCACCAAGUAUUCUGGCUAAGCUGGUGGGAAGAGAUGGACUGUUAUCUGCCCGAGCUAUCCUCAAGCAACAAAGAAGGUUGUCUGACAACUCUAGUAAGAGCACUGCAUCCCUCGAAGGCCGAAGGAAUGAGAAUCCAUUCAAUCAUCAGUCAGAUAAGAAGAGCACAAUGGAGCAGCAACUUCUCGAGGAUGUGUACGAAGAUCUAGAGGCAUCACAUGUUGCAAAUGAACGUCACUCAUUGCAAUCAAGUGCAGAAAUUUCCAGUCACAGUAUUCAUCACUCUCACAAGUUGUCUAGAAUUAACUUAGAAAGGAAGGAGGUGUCUGACUCUGACAUUCCUCCAAAGAAGAUUGUCGUCUUGAAGCAAAACACUGAAAAUUCUAAAAAUGUUGAUCAUUCUUCUGAUGACUUAAGGAAAAACACAGAAUGUUUUGGUAGUGUGACUGGUGAGGGAGACUCUUGGGAGCAUAAAGAGCCACCAGGUGAAGUCAUAUUUUCUGGACGAAAGCGCAGAGAUGCUAGAGGGACUGUAAUGGAGAUAUAUAGUCAAACGAAAGAGGAUUUUGAAAGUGGGCAUGCUAAUAUAUUUGAAUAUGGUUCUAGAGGACAUUUUGGGGAUGAGAGCUUGAGCAUGUCUAGAAGUGUCCCUUCUAGUGAAUCAGAAGUGAUAACAAUGCCAUCCAGAAUCACCAUUGACCGGAAUGACCGGCUCACACAUUCGCUAACUGAUAUAUCUGAACCCUCCCUGAUUAGGGAGGCAAAGAAUAGAAUGUCAAAAAGAUGGAAGAUGAAUAGCAUGCAGGAAGAUGUUGAAAUGGUCAGUAAGGGUAGUACACUGGGAGAAGUUCUUUCUUUUACUGGAAAAGAAAUGAAACCUUCAGGAUCAGACUGUGUAGCGGGUUUGGUUCGGGUCAGUGACGUAUUCGCCUCACCUGCAGGCUUGGGUAUUUGUAGUGUUGAUGGUCACAGAGAUGGAGAUCUCAGAAGUACAUCAAGGUCAAGAUCUUAUCCUCCAUCUUUUCAUAACCCAGAUCAAAUAAUGAAUGUUUGUCUUGAAGCUGAUGCUGAUGAGAACGUACUGACAUCCAUUCCAGCCAAAUAUCAACCGAGACUGACUUUGAGAACGAGAGUCCUGUUAAACAUCAGCUAUGGAUUUCUGAUAUUGAUAAUGGUGCCACCAAUGGAGCUUCUCUUGUUGAUUCAGUGGCUGGUUAUGAGACUAAAAUGUCUCUUCAAACUACGGAGAAGUUGA